AUGCCGUCGCCUUCUGCCAGACCACCUCUCAACUGGUCACCAGGAAUCUCGAGAAUUGAGCCACAUUCGGGUGCCACCGAGAAACAGAAGAAGAAGCAUAAUGGAGCCAUGCCCGACGCCGACAACUGGAAAUGGAUCAAGAAGCUACCCGCCCAAACGCUCAGUCUCAGCCCCGAGCCCAAGCCCAUCAUCACCCUCACUUCCACCAUCAACCGUCGGGACUAA